AUGAGAGCAGGCGAAGCGAUGGAGCAAGGACUGAGGGAUUGCUGCCGGUCAGUUCGAAUUGGGAAAAUCUUGAUCCAGAGAGAUGAGGAGACCUGCAAACCCAAACUGUUUUAUGAGAAACUUCCCACGGAUAUAUCGAAUCGUUGGGUCCUACUCCUUGAUCCGAUGUUCGCAACUGGAGGUUCUGCUACGCUAGCUGUUGAGGUUUUGAAGGCAAAAGGAGUGCCAGAGGACCAUAUCUUGUUCCUCAAUCUCAUUGCAAGUCCAUCGGGGGUUGCCGAUUUUGCUGAACGAUUUCCUAAGCUCAGAGUUGUAACUGCAUUUAUCGACCAGGGUUUAGAUGACAAGAAGUAA